UUAUAAUUGGAAUAUCAUCAUGUCGAGCAAAUAUCAUUGUACGAGUAUUUUGUGCAAGUAUUUAUUCAUUGUGCCUUGCAUUUAGUACCAGUUUUGUUCAAGUACUCAUUCAUUGUGCCUUGAAACGAUCGAUUCGGUUACUUAUUUACUUAACUCUAAUCAUUUCGACACUUCGUACUGUAGUGCUGAUUUAAUUUUAUGACAGUAGUUACGUUUCGCAGCUUAGAUGCAGCUUAGUUAACAUCACUUACCUAUGGCGUUGAUUCUGUGAUUAAUAUCGUAAUUACAAUUAAAGUGAAUGGCUCGUAUCGGAAUCAUUUUUGUUUCCUCCCUUCGCCCAAAGUCUACCAUCGUAUUUCGAUAGAUUUAGUUGUAUUGAAGGUUUAACGCACUCAGAGGCAUGGAAGAAAUUUAUAGUGAGGGUCAGCGCAGAGUACGCGAAAAACAUAUAAGUUUACCAUAUCAUCGUCCAAAACAGCGAUCUCUAGAUGACUUUCUACAGAGGCGGGGCUCGAUGAAAGCUAUCCCUCUCCGGACAUCUGAAGAUGAAAUGAAAGAAGUUUGGAAGCAGUUAGAAGAAAAGGAAAAAGAAGCAGAAGUAUUUUAUAAAUCUGAGGAUGAAUCAGAAGACGAUACAAGUGAUGAGGACUAUUGUCCUGAAAAAGACAAAAAUGCAACAGAAGAAACCAAAGAAACAUCAGAGGCUGGAUGCACUAAAUUUUCUGACGAAAAUGACAAAAAUCAAUGUAACGCAUCAAGUGAAGGAGAGCAAUCAACAAUAAUUUCAGACUCUGCUGUAAGUGAUGAGCCUUGCACUGAAAAAAGUAGUCCUCUCGAAUCUAAUGUAGACGAAAGCACUAAACAGUGUGAUGUUGUGCAAAAUACUGUUGAGUUUUCUUCUGAGACAGCUGAAAAGCUCUCUGAUGACAGUAGUAAAAAAUGCUCUCAACAGGAGGAUUCAACCAAUUUUUCUCUCCACUUACCUGAGUCCUCUGUCACCAGCUGCGCUGACUCCAAGAUAUUGCCAAAUACCAACAAUGCAGGCACAGAUUGUGCAGAUUCAAUCUCUUGUAACUUGACAGUGAAAUCCGUCAGUAAUGAGGAAAGAGAAAUUACUGAAGGAGGAAAAGAUGCAAUCAUGUCAGGAGAUGUAGGGAUGAAUCGUCCUUUACCACAAAAUCAGGAUGAGGCAUCUCUAAAAGAAUCUGCGUUUGUUGAAGUCAAAAGAGAUGAGCCACUCAGUAAUCAGCAGGAAGUCCCACCCACUGGUUAUAGUGAGCAGGUUCAAGACAAAUCCAAAAGUGAUCGCAAAGACAAUGAUGUGUUACUCGACUCUGAUCCUGUGUUCAGUUUGCAUCUUGAAGACUCUCAAGAUUGUCCUAAAAUCACAGCUGAAGACAUUCCCAAGUCUGAAGUCGAUGGUAGCACCAAGAAGGAGGAAGAAAACAAGGGUGUCGAUGAACGCUCAGAAAAAGUUGUAGAAGAUGCCUCCAAGAAAAUAAACUGGGCUAACUUUAAAGUGCUCUUAGAUGAUGAAAUGGAUGAACCAAUUCCGAUGAUCACUCUCAAGCCUAACCCAGAGGGUGUAAUUGUUUUGGAUGUGCCAACCCCCCGUAAAAAUCCAGGAAUUGAAGAAUUGAUGCAAAAAUAUCUCAAACACUCCUCCUUCAAAACUUGCAUGAAACCAAAGCAGCCUGUUCGUUUAAAUGUGGUUACCACCUCAAAAAACCAAGACAAUAAAAUCAAUGGAGUUUACUCUGAGACUUUGACUAUCUCAGCUGAGGAUGAAUCACCUGUAGAUUCUCAAAAUGAGAAACCAGGUGCAAAAUAUACUAGACUUCGAUUACAGUUAAACGAAUUGAUGAAGAAACGAAGACAAGAGGAAUGGCAGAAACGGCUCAAAACACAUCAAGUGGAUGAAGAAGAGAUCGAAGAUGGCGAGAAAUCGGAAUGUGAAGCAUUGCUUGACGAUGAUCAUGAUUACGAUGAUUUUAACCAUCGUGUGACGGAGAGUGAAGACUCGGAUCUAGAGGAGAAUGAUAUUGAUUUGUCCGAGAAGAAGAAGAAGAAGAAGAAAAGUGCUUUUGUUGAUGAUGAAGCUGAGGAAGAUUCAGAUGAGGAUGAAGAUGAUAAAGAUGAAGGUGAUGAAGAAGAUGAUGAAAUCAAAGAAAAUGAUGAAAAAGAAGAAGAUGAGGAUAGCAGUAAAAUUAAAGAUAAAAAGGCAAGUAAAAUACGGAAACAAAAAGUCUUCAUAGAGGAGGAAGAGUAUGAGGGGGAUGAUGAUGAUGGAGACGAUGAUGAAAAGGAAACCGAUGUUAAUGAAGAUGAUAACUGGAUGCUUGGUCAAACCAAAUUUCGAUCACAGAUUACUCAGCAGGUUCUGACGGCUACACACACCCCUGGAGUAGCUGAAGCUAGAUUAAACGAUUCAAAGUUUGACAUGUCAUUUGAGACAAGCAAAUUUGGAUGCCUUGAUGAGACUGAGUUGAACAGAAAUUCAAAUCAUGAAAUCUCUGGCAUUGAAGAUUUGAUCAAUGUAAAGCACUCGGAACUUGUCACUGAAAGCCAGGUCCUCGGUCUUUGCUCAGGUGCUUUUCAGACGCAACCACCACAGCCAUCAACAAUUGAUAAUGAGGAGGAAGAUCUUAAUUUUGUCAUGUCUCCAACUCCAGCAAGCACUCAAACCCAAGAUUCUCAGAAUCUUGGGAUAAAAAAAAUCUCCCCACUUCUUUCAAGUGAUGACGAAGAAGAACCAGGCUUGACUGUGAAAAAGAAGAAGAAUACCCUAAAAUUUUCAGAUGAUGAAGAUGAUACAUUGGACACAAAAGAAGAAGAAGCUGAAGAAAUUUUGAAUGAAGAAAGCGACAAAGAAGACCCAGACUCCAUCUCUGUGUUAGAUGAGGAAGAUGAUAACCGAAGCGUCAUGUAUGAUUCUGAAGAAAACGAGAUCAAAGUAUCCAAAAAAGAUGUUGGGCAGUUUUUCGAUAAAGAGGCUGAACUUUCAGAAUCAGAGUGGGAUUCGGAAGAUGAGGAUGAAAAAGGACUAGAUAGAAUGGACGAAGAACUUGGAGACCGAGAGCACAUUGAUGAGGAUGAGGUACAGAAACAACUGGGAAAAAUCCACAUGCGGCAGCUUCUUGAUGAUGACCAAAGAGACAUCAAAUUGCUUCAAGAGCGGUUUUUGGAAGAUGGAGAGUUGCAUGCUGAAGGUGGAAGGGAGAAGAACUUCCGAUGGCAAAACAUUAACAGCGCAGCCCUAGAAGCUUGGAGUCAACGAAGAGAUUCAGAUGAUGAAGAACCACAGGAAGAGGAAGAGGGAAACGAACAAAGUGAAGAACUUUGGCGGAAAAUGAGAGCGGAAAGGGAUGCUUUCUUUAAAAAAAUGAAGAAGAAUAAAGAUUUAGAUGAUUUAGACACUCAGCUGUAUGAUUUAGAUAAGGACUCUCCCAAGUUGGUGUCAGGUAGCGAAAAAGUCAAAGAAGUAAAUACGAAACCUGCUGGGGGAAUAAUUGAUCUCAAUGAACCUAUAGUAAAGAAGAAUGUUACUUCUGCCCUCUUUUUGCAAUCAACUACUCAUAUUUUGAGCAAAGGCUCAUUUUUGUUGAGAUCCGACCAAAUACUGAGUCGAGUAGGCCCAGUCGCAGCCACUGGGGGUGAAGUCCUAUUGAAUCAGAAAGCUAAGAACAGUCGAAAUUUUAUUUUUGCCCCAAUAAGUCCACCAAAAGAAGUUUCAGAAGACUCUCAAGAUCUGACCACAAUUCAGAAAAGGAAAUCCGCACCACUUAGUCCUGUGGCUGUGAAGAGACUCAAAGUUGCGGAGGAGAGAAAACCCAAUAUUAUGAAUAGAAAAAGUUUAUUGGGACAGUUAAAUUUCCAUUAAAAAUUUCAACGCCCUUUUAUCAGCAGGUCUCAGUCGCUUGCAGUUAAUUUUUCUUGUUUCCUUUAAAUUUCCUGAAUUGUUUCCUAUAUUUUUUCUUAUGUUAUGACAAAUGCAGCAAUGCAAAAGAUUUUACUUUACAUCGAUUCAGUAUCAGUGAGAAGUCAUUUAAUGGAAUGUUGUGUUCAAUUUUGUUUGGAUUAUCCUGUAGGAGAAGAAGAAUUGUAGUCACACAUUUUUUUAUUUUUACCAUAUUUUGAAUAUGUAUGUCAGUGCCGAGUUUUCAAGUAUAUAGCCUGUCUUGUCUUAACUCUAUAAAAGAUUCAGAAUUUAAACUUAAGGGUGGAAAAACCGAAAAAGAAUGCCAUGAAUGUAUCCACAGGGUGUGUGUAUCUAAAAUCUGGUCAUGGAUCUUUUGGAAGCAGCCGAUGUAAUUCGGUAGGCUCUUAUAGUAACUCAUUAAGAAUUGGACUUCAUUUUGCAAUCAGGAACUACAAUUUCUAGCUCAUCCAGAUAAACACUCAUGUGCAUAGGGCUGCUUAUGUUACAUGCGUUUUUUCUAGAUUGAACCGGACAUUGUAGUUGAUACUUGCACAAUGUAGUCCAAUCGAACAAAUUUGACUGGAAUCAGCCUAAUUGUAUUUCUCAUUGCCUAAUUUUCUAUAACAUUUUAUUUUUCAGCAGAGAACUGGACUACUCAGUGUUGCUUGAAUUUCUGUUUAAUGAAUGAAACCUAAGAGAAAACUAGGCUACGUCUGAUGUCGUCAGGCUGAUUCCGGUUAAGCUCAUCUAAUUAGCUCUCAAUCAAGAGUGCGUUGGAUCAAGAUUUCAUUGGUUUCUAGAGCUAAUUAGGUGAUGAAAUGUUUGCUUUAUCCAUGAUAAUUGAAUUUACCAGAGGUCUAAGCCUUUAACAGGCCGUUUUUCUUUCCUUUAAAGGUUGCUCCCGUUUUUGCUCUGACAUUAAAAAAGUGUUAUCAUCAGAUCAGAACAACAAAUCAAUGAAGCUUGGAAGAAUGGGAAAAAAUUAAAAAAUUGCCGUCACGCCGCAGAAAUGUUUGAUGAAUCACUUAGCAUUGGGUACCAUUUCUUUGAUGGGUACCUAUUGGGAUCUGCUUUUGACUUAGCAGAAGUCAACAUGUUUGUCUAUAGUUGAUAUAAUUGCAGAAGUUGCUCCUCUUUUGUGGCAUGGCAGCAAAUUUGUUCAUUUUUUCCUUUUUUUCCAAGUUUCAUUGAUUUGCUGUUCCGUUGUGAUGAUACAGCUCUAAUGUCAAAGCAAAAAUGGAAGCAACCUCUGAGGGGUAGAUAAACGGCUGGACAAUCAGCAUGAGACAACCCCUAGUAGAAUUAAUCGCCAUCCCAUAUCACACAUGUUUAUCUGUAAAAUCGGGACGGUCAAGUUCUCAAAUUUAUUGCCGUCUGAAUGGCACCCUCCCAAGGGUUUUUUUGUGGGAUGAUCGAAUUUACUCAAGGUCUAAGCCUUUAACAGAUUUCAGUUGAAAGAAGAUUUGAAUGACUUUGAACAGGGGAACAACAUACUUUGGUCCCUCAUCAAGUGCAGUAUUGUUGCUUUGUGGUCUCGAAGGGAACAAUAUGACUGAAUGUGGCACACAUUUUAAUUGGAUUUUGUAAAUUGAUAGUAAUUGAAAUUUAAAGGUUUUGAUUAACAUAUUGUGCAAAAAACUCCAUAGGUAAAUCAGUAGAAGCUAUUGCAAGCAAAAACAAUCACCUCAACAAAAGUUUGUUCAGAAAUAAAUGAGUUGAUCUAACUAUUCAUAUGAAUCUCAUUUUGCUUUUGAUUUUUCGACACAUGAAAGGGUGGGUGAUGAGACUUCUGAGAAAGAAUCUGUUUCUUUACCUUCUUGUACUUUCAGAUUGUGGGCGGUAAAAAAAUUAUUCUUUGCAUGCCGCUAUUUUUCUUCUACAUUUUACAUUGUUAGCCUGUUGAUUUUAAUUGAUAUUGAUGUAUAUUGCUCAUGAAUAACUUCUGCCAUUUUGACAAUCUCUUGUUAAAUAGAUUUUUGUUAUCUUAGCUUCAUAUGAUAUUUGUCUAUAUCUUGUUUUCAUUCUUAGAGUUUUAUUUUUUGUAAAUGACAACACAUUUGUAUUUUGUAAAUAAAAAUAUGUUCAGCGCCUGAAAGUCAAA